AUGGACCUGGCUGGCACUCCUGUCUCCAUGCUCUCCUGCAGACCUGAAGGAGUCCCUCCAAAUCAGUACCACAAGGGUGGAAGCGUGAAUGCACCAGCUCUCUCUAGGCUCAGACCUAGUUUGUGGCACACAGCUAAGUACACCAAGAAGGUUGCAAUUAUCAGUAAACACAGGACCCAUUAUGUUGCCUCCCUCAGGAAAAUGGCAAAGAAGAAUGAAAUAAGCCAGCACACCAAGUACACUUGCUCCUUCUGUGGCAAACCAAGAUGGGGAAGACACGUUGUGGGGAUCUGGCACAGGGGUUCCUGCAUGAAAAUGGUAGCCGGUGGUGCCUGGACUUGCAACACCACUUGUGCUGUCACUGUAAAGUUUCCCAUUGGAAGCAUGAAGGAGUUCGAUGACCAGUAG